AUGCGAGUGCUCCUCCCAAGUCCCGAGGCCCUCCGCUACCAGCCAGGGCAACACAUCAUCAUCCCAACCUCCCAGGUGAAGCCAGGCGAUCAGCGACUGCGCUGCAGUUCCACUUCCACAGGCGCGCAGGCGCAGGCGCACACGCACACCAACGCCCCUGUCUCGGCGCGGCUGCAGCCGACGCCGGUCUCUGUCCCUGUCCCCUGCUGCCUAGCUUCGUUCCACGGUGACACCAUGCCGGCGCCCAAAUGGUUCCAGAAGCUCCGGAGGAGGAGGAGCAAGGGCAAGCAGCAAAGCCCGUGCAGAAGCCAAGUCGCCGAGGCGGACGCGGACGCACCCGCGCCGCCGGCGCAGGGCCAACAAUGCCCGUCGCUGGUGCCAGCGCCGUGCGCCGUGUCCCCCAACAGGGCGUCCUACUACUUCGCCAGCGCGGACCGCGCGCGCCAGGACAGGGACCUCCCGUGCGCCGCCGACCUACUGGACGUCCGCGUUGACGUGGUGCACCGCCACGCGGGCGACCGGGGGCGGCUCGGCGGCCUCGACGCGCCGCCGGGGACGCCCGAGCUCAAGCUGCGGCGCAUCGUCACGAGGCCCGUCACCGACGCCUCGGAGAGCGGCGGCGUCAGCAGCUCCAGCGGUACCACGUCGGCGGCCCCGACGCCGUCGACCAGGGCGCGCGGGUUCCACGUGAAGCCGCCGCUGGCGGGGGGGCGGAGGCAGCAGCAGCGCCGUCGCCGGCGGCGUUGCGAGCGCGACUACCACCACGACAGCGUCGCGAUCAAGAAGGGGAAGGCGGCCGCGCAGGAGGAGGAGGAGGUGGAGGAGAUGUCGCCGCCGCCGUCGUCCCUGCGCGUGCCCACGCAGCGGCGGCGGCGGUGGCUGUACGAGAGCCUGGUGGUGGUGAAGACGUCGUCGGACCCGGAGCGGGAGCUGGCGGAGAGCAUGUCCGAGAUGGUGGUGGCCAACGGUAUCCGGUCGUCAGAGGACCUGGAGGAGCUCCUCGCGUGCUACCUCGCGCUCAACGCCGCCGAGCACCACCGCGCCGUCGUCGCCGCGUUCCGCCACGUCUGGCUCCUCCUCGACAAGCACAGGCUGUUCAUCUAG